GUCCCCUAUUCGUCACUUCCUCUCCAGUCCCUGCGCAGUCGAUAAGGAAACCCGGACGCCGCUGUGGCUUUCUUUUUUUCAAGCGGCCGGGAAGAUGGCGGACAUUCAGACGGAGCGAGCCUACCAGAAGCAGCCCACCAUCUUCCAAAACAAGAAGAGGGUUCUGCUGGGAGAGACCGGCAAAGAGAAGCUCCCGCGAUACUACAAGAACAUCGGUCUGGGGUUCAAGACGCCCAAGGAGGCCAUUGAGGGCACCUACAUUGACAAGAAAUGCCCCUUUACCGGUAAUGUCUCCAUCCGAGGGCGCAUCUUGUCCGGCGUGGUGACCAAGAUGAAGAUGCAGAGGACCAUUGUCAUCCGCCGAGACUACCUCCACUACAUCCGCAAGUACAACCGCUUCGAGAAGCGCCACAAGAAUAUGUCAGUGCACCUGUCCCCCUGCUUCAGAGAUGUGCAGAUCGGCGACAUCGUCACUGUGGGUGAGUGCCGCCCCCUGAGCAAGACGGUGCGCUUCAACGUGCUCAAGGUCACCAAGGCCGCCGGCACCAAGAAGCAGUUCCAGAAGUUCUGAGCUGGCCGCCUGCCCCCACCCCAACCAAAUAAAGUUAUUUUCUCAGUCACA